AUGGCGCUGCGGCGCGGCGCGGGCCUGCGGGAGGCGCUGCUGGCGCGGCUCCUGCGCGCGGGCGCGGGCGCGGGGCGGGCGCGCGGGGCGGCGGGCGCGGGGCUCGGCGAGCUGCGGGCCGACCCCGACCGCUUCGGGGGCCUGUGGGUGCGGCUGGCCGCGCGCCCCGCCCUCGACCCCGCCGCCUUCCGGAGCCGCCUGCAGGCGGCGCUGGAGCUCUGGCGCUGCGAGGGCAGAGUCGCGGUGUGGCUGCAAGUCCCCAUACCCCAGAGCCAGUGCAUCGGCCCUGCCUCCUCGCUGGGCUUCCGCUACCACCAUGCAGAAGGGGACAUGGCCACGCUGUCCUUGUGGCUGGCCGAGGGGCCCAGCCGGCUGCCUGCGUUCGCCUCACACCAGGUUGGAGUGGCAGGAGCUGUGUUCGAUGAGGACUCUGGGAAGAUCCUGGUGGUGCAAGACCGACACCAGGUGAAACACUUGUGGAAGUUCCCCGGAGGGCUGUCGGAGCCUGGAGAAGACAUCGGAGACACGGCGGUCCGGGAGGUGUGGGAGGAGACGGGGGUCCAGGCCGAGUUCCGGUCCCUGCUGAGUGUCCGGCAGCAGCACUGCAGCCCCGGCGCCUUCGGCAAGUCCGACCUGUACCUCGUGUGCCGCCUGCAGCCGCUGACCUUCGCCCUUCGCCCCUGCCCGCACGAGUGCCUGCGCUGCCAGUGGAUGGAGCUGGCCCAGCUGGCGGCCACGGCGCCCGCCACGCCCGUCACCCGCAGCGUGGCCCGGCUGCUGCUGCACGGCCACCGCCAGGGCUUCCACACGGUGGACCUGACCGUGCAGGACGUGCCGGCCCUGCGCCCCGGCCCGGCCCCCAAGCUCUACCACCGGGAGGUGCCGGCCUAGGCGGGGGGGCCCCCCGGGGCUGCCCGUCAGCUCCUGGCCGACAUGGGGAGGAACAGGAUGGCCUUCUGCCCCGGGCCCGUCCGGGGCCCCAGCUUGCACUGCCCGGUGCGCUUGAGGGCCACGUACCAGCCCGAGUACUUGCGCGAGCGGUAGGUGUUGUAGUUGUUGGACUCCAGCCGCUCCAGGAAGAAGCACUCGUCCGUCACGCAUUUCUGGAAGACAGGGAGAGCGGCUGCCGUGGGCCUGCACGCGCUGUGCCCACCCCGGGCUGCGUCCAGGCCCAGCAGGCACCUGCCAGGCAGGGGCUGAGGCCCGCUCUGGGAAAGGCGUCUCGCUCCAUGGCCCCGGGCAGCGGGCACGGCCUGACAGCGCCUCGAGGAGCCCCUGAGACUUGUGGCUGGAGCCCACGCAGCUGGUGCAGACGCCCGGGCUCAAGACCCCCCUCUGGACAGCACUACUCAUGGCCACAGGAGUCCCCGCCAGGGCCGUCCGCAGGAGCCAGCGGCAGCCCCAGCCCCGGGGGUGCAGGCCCU